GAGCUUCACUUCCAGCGAGGCAGCCUGGGCGGUAAGUCGGCAGCAAUCCCUCACGACUCUCCACUGCGCAGUGUUGUGGUGGGUGUACCGCUCAAAGCGAGCCAGAUUCCUGUAGAAAUAGACGCUGACUCCAGACACGCUUCUGUUCUGGAGAGCGAGGCUUAAAGGUAUUUGCCGGGGCUUUUUAAUUGUUCAUAGCUUGGACAAGAUGUCGUGGACGUGUGAGCGGUUGUGGCUUCUGCUGGUCCUCCUCGUGCCCUUGUGCCUCUCCCUCAGAUACACAGACUACAUGACGUCACCAGAGUACAGACACGACGCUUUGAAGACGUUGCGAAACAUCAAAAAACGCCUGCAGCCAUCCAUGAGCGUGUCCAGACGUAGCGGUUACAGCGAGCAGAAGUGCCGUCUGUGGAACGACCCGUGCGAGCCGUGGACCAGCGACCCUUCCCGCGCCUGCUGCAACCCCCGACGUCAUGUGUGUCAGUGCAACCUCUGGCUACAGAACUGUCGCUGCGGGACACGCCUCUGGGGCUGAUAGAUGGCCACCGGCGAUAAGUGGCGGUGGAUGUGACGUCACAACCGCGGCGCCCAAUCAGAGGGCUACCUUCCCCCCGAGCCUAAACUUUAUCAAUCCAGUGCUUUGAAAGAUAGGAAGAUUUGUCUAAACUGGUUUUUAGAGCAAAAAUAUACACAUACAUGAUCACAGAAGAAAAAAAAUCAUAAAGAGAGGAAUGGCGAUGUAGGGGAGACGUCCAUAUGGGAGAAUAAAGAUCAAAACAGUUCGACCAAAAAACAUUGCCCCCCUUUCUUGUUUUUCUUUGAUGGAGAAUAAAACUGCAGCGAAGAAGA